UCUCUCUCUCUCUCUCUCUCUCUCUCUCUCUCUCUCUCUCUCUCUCUCUCUCUCUCCAUCAUGCAGUACUCAGGAAUAGAGACGUUACCGGUGGAGCGAUGCGUGGAUGAUGCGCUGGUGAACGGGAACGCGACAGAAUCCGACCCUGCUAAGAAAAAGAAGAAAAAAAAGAGAAAGAAGAACAAAGGCGCUGUUUGGGCAGGACAAGCAGAACUGGGGGAGGAUGGAGUUGUUGAGGACACGAGGAAGUCACUAGAGCAGCAGAGCUUCGAAGAAAGAGAAAGAGACGAGAACAGGGAAGAAGACGGAGAGGAUGGAGACAAUUCCGCCGGGAACAAAAAGAAGAAGAAGACAAAGAAAAAGAGUGGCCCUAAAACACAAACUGAUCCUCCUUCUGUGCCGAUAUGUGAGCUUUACCCAAACGGAGUGUUUCCUGUUGGAGAGGAGUGUGAAUAUCCUUCCUCACAAGAUGGGCGGAGUGCUGCAUGGCGAAGGAGCAGUGAGGAGAAGCGUGUCCUAGACGAAGCCAGGGAAGACAUGUGGAAUGAUUUUCGGCAGGCCGCAGAGGCACAUCGGCAGGUACGGCGGUACAUGAAGAGCUGGAUCAAACCAGGCCAGAACAUGAUCGACAUCUGUGAGCGUCUAGAGGAGUGCAGUAGGAGGCUGAUUAAGGAGAAUGGACUGAAAGCAGGUUUGGCUUUUCCCACCGGCUGCUCUCUCAACAACUGCGCUGCUCAUUACACACCCAACGCUGGAGACCCCACUGUGCUGAAGUAUGACGACGUGUGCAAGAUUGACUUUGGCACCCACAUCAAUGGGAGGAUUAUUGACUGUGCCUUUACUGUCACAUUCAAUCCGAAGUACGACCACCUGCUUGAGGCUGUAAAAGACGCAACAGACACCGGAAUCAAGUGUGCAGGCAUUGAUGUGCGUCUCUGUGAUGUUGGAGAGUCUAUACAGGAAGUCAUGGAGUCAUAUGAGGUGGAGUUAGAUGGGAAAACAUACCAAGUUAAGCCAAUCCGCAACCUGAAUGGUCACUCCAUUGGACAAUACCGGAUUCAUGCUGGAAAAACAGUUCCUAUUGUAAAGGGCGGUGAAGCCACCAGAAUGGAGGAGGGUGAGGUGUAUGCGAUCGAGACAUUUGGCAGUACAGGAAAGGGAGUUGUGCACGAUGACAUGGAAUGUUCUCACUACAUGAAGAACUUUGAUGUUGGACAUGUACCAAUCAGGCUACCAAGAGCCAAACACUUGCUGAAUGUAGUAAAUGAGAACUUCGGGACACUGGCAUUCUGCCGCCGCUGGCUGGACCGGCUCGGUGAGAGCAAAUACCUGAUGGCGCUGAAGAACCUGUGCGACCUGGGCAUCAUCGAUCCCUACCCACCUCUCUGUGAUGCCAAGGGCUCUUACACAGCUCAAUAUGAACACACCAUUCUGCUCAGGCCCACGUGUAAGGAAGUGGUGAGCCGAGGAGACGACUAUUGACCCAGACCAACGAACAGCUACAAAUUCUAUACAAAAGAAGCUAAUACGCACACAUUAAUAAUAGGAAUGUAUUAACUAACUGGCCGGAGCAGUGGAUGCUGCAACCUUUCGCAUGAAAAUCUAUAUGAAUUCUAAACUAUGCAGAAGGACAGACAAACUUCUGUAGCUGCUGACCUGGGCCUUGUUUCCCAAAAGUGUCUAUCAGUAAAAGCUGAAUGGAUUCAGCUAUUUCUGUAUUGGUACAAUUUGAUCUUUUAUUGCUGAGGUGCUGUUAUUUAGACAAAUGGGUUAUUUGCAUGUUCCUGUCUGUCUCUAUCUUCCCCUGUAUGACAAGCCUGAUGGAACAGUUGGAUUAGAUGCUUGUCUGGUCUGUCAAACGAUCUGAGAGCAAUUCUAUAUAAAUGAUGUGGGAUUACUUGGGACAGCAGAUAAAACACAACAUUUAGUUUAA